AUGGUCAGCCACUGUCAGACCCAGUCUUUCACAGACUUCACCGGCUUGUCGCUCGCCGUGUACGGCAGCAAGGCGGACAUCUGUACGCGGCGAGCCGGUAGCGCCGGUUUUGGAUCUCAGAUUUGCCGGAGCUCCCAUGACACCCCGACUCACAUGAGCUGCAGCAGCCCGAAAAGGCUAAUCGUGUCCGAGGAAAGGGCGCAUCUGUCAGGCAAAGCUCCGCGCUCGUGCCUCCCUCUCCCACCGGUGCAAGUGAAUGGUGCGUACUGCUCAGAAAAAGAUGUAGACGCUGAGCUGAGUGAUGCUGAGGGUUCCCUGAUGCGAUGUGGGCAGAGCCUGCCGCUGCUGGUGGGGGGUCAUGUAGGGGGGGUUUAUACCCAGAGCCUCCACUGUGACAGACCUACACCCGACCUUCUUCUGCAGGACGGCCCUCACCAAGACACCAGAUCCUCCUCUGCCUUCCAAAGGACCCUGUCUGGGGCCUCACCCGGCCUGGGCUGUGGCAGUGCCAACGGGGCUCACUCCACUCUCCCUUACUCAAUCAAACAGGAGAGCUCAAUGGGCUUCAAGAUCUCCAACACAGGGUCCAGGGUCCAUCGUACGUCUCAGGGCGGGUUUCAGAACUGUAGGGCAGGCCAAGUUUUGGGGGUGACAAGGGACGAGAUUGGAGCACCGCAUGUUAGCAACAACGGUGCUGGCGUAUGCACGGUGAGCGGUGUAGGUAGUGCUGUGUCAGGGGAUGCAGUGCAACCGUUUAAUAAUGAAGAUGGCUCCUCCCCACUUACUUUGUCCCCAACUGGCUCCCGUCAUUCAGCGCGGCUGCUCAGUGCUAGCAGUCUGAAGAGACGCUGCCCGUCCCUGGACUCACAGUCCACCGCCGCUGCUGGCAGCGUUGCUGCCACGAGUUCCCCGUCAGCUACUGUCGCUGCGUCUGAGGAGAUCAAUAUCACCGCUAUCAUCUGCUCCUCCUCCCAGAUGUCGAUGGUUGCCUGCGUCAACGGGUUCCGCACUAACCUCUCGCCCAGCCACGCCAGCAGUGCCGGCUUCUCCUCCUCUUCCUCCUCCUCUUCUACAUCCCCACCCUCUAACUCCUGCUCAGGGGAAGCCACACAGGGGCCCCCACCUCACGGCAGCCCCCAGCAGGCCACGCUACAGGAGAGCUGUCAACUGUCCUCACCUGCUACCUGCCUGCUGUCCCUUUCCUCCUCCUCCUCGUCCUCUUCAGUGUCAUCAGUGGAGCCAGAGGGCCAGGGGCAGAGCCAGGGUCUGUGCGAGGAGCAGGGCUCCAUGCUGCAGGGGCGUGGAGCUGGAGGAACAGCUGGGGGAGGUGUGGGAGGAGGAGGAGGCUCAGACGGGCUGGGGUUACUGAUGAGUGGGGGCCUGAUGUCUGGGAUCCUGCAUUCGGGGCCUGAAGCUGGGGCUCUCCUCGAUGGGGCCCAAAGAUCAGGGGCUACCCUCAAACAGGAGCCCCUGGAUGAUUUUUCUCCAAGUGAAGAUGAACUCUUUCAGCACCACUAUCAUCACCAUCAUUUGAGUGGUCGUAGUGGUCAUCUUCGUCACCCUCACCACCCAUCUCGCCCCGCUAUGCCUCCACCCUACCACCUGCACCAUUACGUGGGGCCCAGUCCGGGGGGCCUGCUGCACCACCAGAGCCAGCAAACGGCACCAACCUCUUCCCUGGGACUCAAACCGACUUCCGGAGGCCCUCCUGGGUCUCACAAAGCCACAGAGCAGGAAGAAGUUGGAGGAGGAGCACUGGCCGAUAAGCAGGUGUGUCGCUGGAUUGACUGCAGUGCUGCGUAUGAGCAGCAGGAGGAGCUUGUGAGGCACAUUGAAAAGGUCCACAUCGAUCAGCGCAAAGGUGAGGACUUCACCUGUUUCUGGGCUGGCUGCAUUCGCCGCUACAAGCCCUUCAACGCCCGCUACAAGCUGCUCAUUCACAUGAGAGUCCACUCCGGAGAGAAACCUAACAAGUGUAUGUUCGAGGGCUGUAACAAAGCGUUUUCACGUCUGGAGAACCUGAAGAUCCACCUGAGGAGCCACACAGGAGAGAAGCCGUACCUGUGCCAGCACCCCGGCUGCCAGAAAGCUUUCAGCAACUCCAGUGACCGCGCCAAGCAUCAGCGCACUCACCUGGACACGAAACCAUACGCAUGUCAAAUCCCCGGGUGUACCAAGCGCUACACAGAUCCCAGCUCCCUACGUAAACAUGUCAAGAUCCACUCAGCCAAAGAGCAACAGGUGCGUAGAAAGCUUCGGCCCUGUCCUCACCUGGAGCAGGACGUACUGAGUGACUGUCUGUCUAUGCAGCACCUCCAGAGCUCCACCUCCUCGCAGCACCUCUACAACAGCAAAGACGGUCGUUCUCCUGGACUGGGCCAAGACAUCUUCACAGGCCUGUAUACUGGCUCCAGCACCCCCCAUCACAGCGCCUCAGUGGAGCUCCUCUCCCCUGCACCUAAUCCCUCCUCCGCCACCGACCUGCCCUCCCGACAACACCGCCUGGACCAAAGCCUCGGCAGCCCUCACCACCUGUCCCCGCUGGCUGCCAUGGAAGGCACAAGAGAUGGGGUGUCAGGUCCCCUCCUGUCCCCUGGGAUGAAGGGAACGGGGACGCCUCCUCCUCCUCUGGAGAAACAGCAUGGCCACCCUCACCACAAGCCCUACUCUCACUAUCACCACCAUCAGUCUGCCAACGACGAAUACCAAGGCAGCUUUCAGAGCUGCUUCCAUUUCGGAGACUCCUACAGGAUGGAGCAGACGGUCGGUGGCGUCCACGUCCCUGGAGAUUCUCACGCCUACACUUCACAUCAACACAAUGGCUUCCACAUGUCGACUAGCAACACUGGCACUGCAGGCUUCAGCUUGACCCAGGACCUGCAAGGCAGCACCGGGUGCCAGUUCUCUUCCAGCCCAGAGGAGAGCAUUUUCUUCCAGGUGGGGAGCUUUGACCGCAGCCUGAGCCACAUGUCCUCCGUCUACACAGAGACAUAGAGCAACACUGGAGCAGGGCACGCUUCACCACACCUACUCUACUACUCUGCAGUCCAACUCAUUCCACAGCCUCCUCAUCACACUUGGA